ACGCUAAAAUAUCUUUGGCGCCAACGCAGGCAAUUAGUAUUCAAGAAAAUAACUUAAGUGAAUAAAAUCGAGCACAUAUUUUAAACAAAAACAAAUGGACACUAAAGCGAAUAAAUUACAUAAAAAGGCAAUACGUGACCAGCAAAAACGCAUGAAACCUGGAGAAUGUCAGAAGUAUGUGCGCCUAGUUUUGGACAACGAGAUACUAUUUACCAGCACUACAGGUCUUGGAAGCCAUUUACAAUCAGAAAUAGAGCAACAUCAGCUGAAAUAUGUAGUCCGUAGCUUGCCAGCUAAAAUGUCUAUAUUGUGGGAACGCCAAUCAGGACAACACGAAUUAAAACCCACAGAUAAUGCAGCACAGUCUUUGAGUGCUCAGUGGGAAAUGGAGAAUCAAGUUAUCCAGUUCCACACUGCAGAUGAGCUAAAGAAAAAUACAACAGUAGAUCAAAUCGCUCAAAGUCUCCAAACACUUUUCCCCAACGCGAAACCCACGGUAGCGGUAUUGACCCAGGGCGAUAAAAACUCAGAUUCAAGUACACUUACGGCUGCGCUCAUAGACUUACAAGUAAUACACCAAGUAGCAACCUUGGAGAUACCUCCCGUAGCCAGCGAAGUAGCGGCAAUGUUACAUCGUUUCACCAAAGCCAUUGCAGAAGCACCAUACAAGCAACAAAAGUCCGAACACUUGGACACAUUCAAGAAAUUCCUGGCGAACGAUAAGAAACAAUGUGUACGCGUGGUGGGAACCAGCGGUUUUGGACGUCUGUGGCAACAACACUUGAAUCGCUUACCUUUGGUUACCUUGGAAGUAGCGGAAACUAUAAUCGCUCAGUAUCCAUGCCCAAAGCGACUUUUGGACGCAUAUGAACGGGAUGCGGAAGAAGAGAAAAACAGAAUAGCCGAUUUAAAGAUCAACCGUGGUGGCCCGCAACCAUUUCAAGCAGAUAGACGCAUCGGAAACGUGCUAAGCGGAAAAUUACAUCUACUAUAUACUAGCAGAGAUCCAAAUGCGAUUAUUUAAUAUUUUUUAAGGUGACACCUGCAAUUACACUAUAGAAAAUGACUCAUACACUAACAUAUUUACAUAAGAGAAUUUAUAUAAGUUUUAUAUAUUUCAUUUGUUUAUUUACUUGCGUUCUUAACAUUAGUCAUAUAUUAACAUUAGGCUUCUCAUAUAUGUACGUACGUAAUUAGUCAUUUGGUCAUUAAUAUUAAUAUUGAUUUAAUGUAGUUCCUAAGACUAAAUAUUUUUAAGUAUAAUAAUUAUUAAAUAUAAUACCAUAAUACCGUAAGUUAGAAUAUUAUUUGAUUAUACACAAUUGCUAAUAGUAUUUAUUAAUUAUAAUUAAAAAUCACAUAUUUGCAUAUUCCGUAAUUUUGUUAAAAAUAUUCACUAAUUUUUUGCUAUCUUUGUAGUAUAUAUUUGCUUAAGUAAUUUGACAAAUUGUACAUUGAAAACGCUGUGGCCACGACCGGCUGCCAAUAAAUUUGUGAGAUACUCGUAUUAAUAAUUUUUUGUUUUUGGUAAUUUCUGUCAUCCCUAAGCGAUUGCUCGCGUUCAGUAAAAAUAUAAUAAGCAAUAGAAAUGUAUGUAUUUGUAUAAUUAGGUGUUUAGAAAAAAAAAAUAACUGUCUUAAGAAGUGUACAUACACAUAUGCAGACAUUAAUGGAGUAUUAAAAUCUUAGCUAGUUGUUUAACUGUUUUUUUUCUUGUAUAUCCGGUUUUCUUGCCAAGUUGAUAAUAAUUUGGAGAGAAAGUUUGGGCUGCACAUAAAUUAAAGGACUAGCAAAAAGUUUUAAUCAGCGAAGGGUACCAUCUGGCGCAAGUCUUCCACCUCAGCGAUAGCGAAUUCAUACAUUUCCUGGGGCAUCCUUUAUUUAAACAAAAGCAGAUGGUAGUUUUUCACGAACCUGUUGAUAUUGUAGGCAUUUAGAAUUGAAUCCGUUUUUUUUUUUUUUUGGUACGAAUUGGUUUUAAAUGCUGUUCAGUUGCGGAUUUAUACUUUGAAUUUGAGUUGAAUUCUGACAGGUAAUUUAGCAAAUUGUGUGAAAAAUUUGAUAUGUAGGCCAGACUUUGAUCUUAGGCAAGCCAACCAACUAAUGUUAUGUAGCAAAUGUGCACGAAUUAUGAAACGAUCGAAUAUUUUGCCUAUAAAUAAUUUUUAUGUAUGUAUAUAUUUUUUGGGAUUUUAAGGAAAUAUACUAUAUAUUAAUCUAAUUGGCCGAAAAUUUGUACAAUUUUCAUACAGUAAAAUUAAGUUCGUUGGCGUUUUAGCAGGGUGUGGAAUGCACUCCAUUCGAGUUUUUAGUUUUUUUUUUUACAUCUUUUGAAAAGCCCAGUUCUAGUUUUUUUGUUUUAGCAUGAAAUAUAUGGCUAUGUCAUGGCUAUUAUUUUUUAUGAAUUGAUUUACUACAUUUGGCUAAUUUACGCUUACUGUAUAUGUUUUUAUGUGUAAAAAGUUUAAUGAAUGAAUGUAUGUUUUUUUAAAUACUUGUAUAAAUGAUUUAUUAUUUUUUUUUACAAGUUGGUAUAUAUGUAUAUUAUUUCGAUAAAUUGUCAACAAAGCAAACACUGAAAUAAAAAAAAACUUAAAAUAUAAAAAUAAAAUACACAAAUUUACAUUGUAAGAAAUAUAUAUAAUAUUAUGAAGACAUAAAUGUUUGUGGAAAAACUUAAUUACAAAAAUACAUAAAAAACCAAACUAAUUUUAUAUAUACAUGAA